CUCACGAGUAAAUAACAUUAAUAAUAAACAACAUGCACCUUCGAUGGUCUGCUUAUCCGAGAUUAUCCAUCCUCCUAGCCAGUUUAGCUUAGAAAAAACACACGCUAGAACCAUCGUACCUAAACCAACCAGCCCCGAAUUCUUCUCCUAAGCACUUAAAGAAAAAAAAAAUGGCCGAGACAAGUACCUCGACCCCGGGCGCCGUCCCGAGCGUCUCGCGCGCGACGUGGACUGUGUCCGGGUUGCAAGUCGACGUCUACGGAUUAGCCGAGCUGCCCGCGGGCGCGAGCAAGGUGUCGUGCUUAUGGCUGCACCACGGACGCCUGCGGAGCAAGGGGGACAUGGCCCCUGUCGCGAACCGCAUCCUCUCCGCUUACCACGGGAAAUCGAGUCCCGGACGGGGCUUGAUUGCCGUCGCGCUCGACCAGCGGAAUCACGGCUCGCGGCUUGUCGACAGGCGCGCGAAUGAGUCCUGGGUUGACGGGAAUGAGACGCACGCCCAAGACAUGUUCGGCUUCGUUACGGGCACCGUUAUGGAUACCAUGAAUUUAAUAGAUAUGAUUGAGAGCCACCUCUUCGGUGGGGACGCUCAUGUCACGAAUGGCGGCGGAAGGAGGCGUAUUGACCAAAACCUGGUGCUUGGUAUAAGCCUGGGAGGUCAUAGUGCGUGGCAGUUGUUGUUCGCGGAUCCUCGAGUUACAGCGGGCGUCAUAGUGAUUGGAUGUCCCGAUUACAUGUCUCUCCUAAAGAACCGCGCGCGGCUGUCGCAACUCAAGGGCUUCAAUGCGCCCGAUUACGGUGCUUCCUUCAUCGGCAGCAAAGACUUCCCAGACGCCCUAGUCAACGCUUGCAAGAAAUACGAUCCAAAGGGCAUCUUGUUCGGAACUGAGGAGAUUGCGUUCCCUACAACCGCAGAGGAGCAGCGGAGGCUGACCCCUCUGCUCAAGUCCAGAGUUUCGGGGAAGAGAUUUCAGAUUCUUUCCGGAGGGGCGGAUCAGCUUGUGCCAUAUGACAUGGGCGAGCCGUUCAUCCGAUUUUUCAAGGCCGCGGCCGUUGACUGGUUCAAAGAAGGUAACAUAUAUGUAGAAGACAACGUUUAUCCCACUGCCGGGCAUGAAUACAGCUCCGAAAUGAGGAAUGAUGCCGAACGGUUUAUUAUUGACAGUGUGGCUCUAGCUAAUAUCUAGGAGAACGUUUCUUCUAAUGUAUGGUUA